CAACAAAGCGGCAACUUCUUGCUAGUGUCGUCAUAACUACAUGACCCACGACAGGGACGUGCCACCUGUACCACUAGUAAAAUGCCAAUGCAAGAUACACCAUAUGGGGAAGCAUCAACACAAUCACCAGGGGCCAACUUUCAUUUUCCCAAGUUCGGAAAUUUUUUCGGGUUGGGAGGAAGUCCUGGAUCUUUCACUAUCAACAGAAACAGAUAGCCUGAUCGUCGAUGACUGGAGGAUGUCAAUGGAGCCAUCUAUGUCGAAUUACUCCUGGAUACUCUUAAGCGAGAAAUCCAAUACUCCUUUCCAAUAUCAAAACCCCAGGAAAACAGCAUGGGAUAAAUUUAACAAAAUAGCAACAAAAACCUUAAAAGUAAAUAGUUUUAUGAAUAAAAUCACUUAUUUAAAGACGAAGGUUGGAGCCUGGACCUCCUCUGCUGGCGAAUCUUUUGAGGAACUCCUAAAAACACACUUCUCUGGUAGUCAGCAACCCGCUGUUGAGAUACAACCUGACAUGCGUGCAAAUGCGGCAGACCGAUCCGACCACAUAGUGAGUAAGAAGAAAGUUAUAUACGCUAUACAAGGCCAGUAUUCAACUACUUGUAUGUUACAUCCCAAGAAGUUGGGCAAGAGUCAAAGUGGUGUUCCUCCCUUAACCAGACCGAAGAACACAUGA